AUGAUGGGCGGCCAAAUUCCGGAACUUCAAUUCAGCUCCCUCGAAACAAUCUCCGCAUGCAUCUCUACCACCCGCAAAUCAUUCCUGGAGCACAGGAGCCGCGAUGUCGAGUUUCGUCUCGUCCAGCUCCGGAAGCUCUACUGGGCCGUCAAAGACCACGAGGAGGAUAUCGUUCGGGCCUGCGCUCUGGACUUGAACAAACCGCGUUUUGAGACUGAAAUCGCUGAGAGCGGCUGGCUGCUCAACGACAUUGUCUUUACUACUCGCAACCUGCAUAAGCGGGUGAAAGAUGAGAAGGCCGAUCCCCUCGGCUGCGUGUUAGUGAUCGGCACCUCCAACUUCCCGUUCCAGCUGUCCUUGGGCCCCGUUAUUGGUGCUAUUGCUGCCGGUAAUACCGUUGUCAUUAAGCCUUCCGAAAAUGCCCCCAACAGCGCCGUUGUUAUACAAAAGAUCUGCGAGGCAUCCCUUGACCCCCUAUGUUACUCCGUUGUCCAGGGAGGUGUGGCCGAGACGCAGGCUCUCUUAGCCGAGCGCUGGGACAAGAUCUUCUUCACAGGCGGUACUAAUGUUGGCCGUAUCACCUGA